AUUCCAGCAUUUCACUUGUCACAUUGAUGGGUAAGAUGCCUUUCAUACUGGCAUAGGACACUGAGUGAAUGCCUUCGCUUAUGUUAUCAAACAGAGACCUGGCGAGCAAAUCUACCCAGAGCUGGAGCCUUCUCUGCGGCUUGGGAACACCAGUGGCACUGUGGCUCUGUGGCUUGGCUGUAGAUACCUUUGACCAUGGCUGUAGAACCCAGCAGCUCAGAAUCCAUGAAAAGGAGAGGUGGAAGGAGAAUGAAGAAGAUGAGCAACAUUUAUGAGUCGGCUGCCAAUACACUGGGAAUCUUUAACAGCCCCUGCCUGACCAAAGUUGAGCUGCGUGUGGCAUGCAAAGGAAUUUCUGACAGAGAUGCCCUCUCCAAACCAGAUCCCUGUGUCAUCCUCAAAAUGCAGUCCCACGGGCAGUGGUUUGAGGUUGACAGAACAGAGGUGAUUCGCACCUGCAUAAACCCAGUAUACUCAAAACUGUUUACUGUGGACUUUUACUUUGAAGAGGUGCAGCGUCUGCGGUUUGAAGUUCACGACAUCAGCAGCAACCACAAUGGGCUGAAGGAGGCUGACUUCCUAGGUGGCAUGGAGUGCACACUUGGCCAGAUUGUUUCCCAGAGAAAGUUGUCCAAAUCCUUGCUGAAGCACGGGAACACAGCAGGAAAGUCCUCCAUCACGGUGAUUGCUGAAGAAUUAUCUGGCAAUGAUGACUAUGUUGAACUUGCAUUCAGCGCACGGAAGUUGGAUGACAAGGAUUUCUUCAGUAAAUCUGACCCAUUUCUGGAAAUUUUCCGCAUGAAUGAUGAUGCAACUCAGCAGCUUGUGCACCGAACUGAGGUGGUGAUGAAUAACUUAAGCCCAGCCUGGAAAUCAUUCAAAGUAUCGGUAAAUUCUCUAUGCAGUGGAGACCCAGACCGCCGGCUAAAGUGCAUAGUAUGGGACUGGGAUUCCAAUGGCAAACAUGACUUCAUUGGAGAAUUCACCUCAACGUUCAAGGAGAUGAGGGGAGCAUUGGAAGGGAAACAGGUGCAGUGGGAGUGCAUCAACCCUAAGUACAAAGCUAAGAAGAAGAAUUACAAGAACUCAGGCAUUGUGAUUCUGAAUCAGUGCAAGAUCCACAAGAUGCAUUCUUUCUUGGACUACAUCAUGGGUGGUUGCCAAAUCCAGUUUACAGUAGCUAUCGAUUUCACUGCCUCAAACGGGGACCCCAGAAACAGCUGUUCCCUGCACUAUAUCCACCCUUAUCAACCCAACGAGUACCUGAAGGCCUUGGUGGCUGUGGGGGAGAUUUGCCAAGACUAUGACAGUGACAAAAUGUUCCCAGCCUUUGGAUUUGGAGCCAGGAUACCCCCAGAGUACACGGUCUCUCAUGACUUUGCCAUCAACUUUAACGAAGACAACCCGGAAUGUGCAGGAAUUCAAGGAGUUGUGGAAGCCUAUCAGAGCUGCCUUCCUAAGCUACAACUCUACGGGCCCACCAACAUCGCCCCCAUCAUUCAGAAGGUCGCCAAGUCAGCAUCAGAGGAGACUAACACCAAGGAGGCUUCGCAAUACUUCAUCCUGCUGAUCCUGACAGAUGGUGUCAUCACAGACAUGGCUGACACCCGAGAGGCCAUCGUCCAUGCCUCCCACCUCCCCAUGUCAGUCAUCAUUGUGGGAGUAGGGAACGCCGACUUCAGUGACAUGCAGAUGCUGGACGGUGAUGACGGGAUCCUGAGAUCACCCAAGGGAGAACCUGUCCUUCGAGACAUUGUCCAGUUCGUGCCCUUCAGGAACUUCAAACACGCAUCUCCUGCAGCCCUGGCAAAGAGCGUGUUGGCAGAAGUCCCAAACCAAGUCGUGGACUAUUACAAUGGCAAAGGGAUUAAACCAAAAUGUUCAUCGGAAAUGUACGAGUCUUCCAGGACACUAGCACCAUGAACUCCACACACUUUUACAGAGUUCCGAAAUACUAUUCCUUAUAAUAUUUAAUACUUCUACUACUCCUGUACUUAAAAAAGCAACACAUACACAUUUAAAAAUAGCACGUUUUGGUGAUUUUUAACUAACUGAUGAUUUUUUUGCAUGUGUAGCCCCAAGGCCUGGAUCUGUUAAGCUGUUGUAUUGUUAAAGACUUUUUGCACAGAAACACAAAUAACAAUAUCUUACUCUUUACAGUACAGCAUGUCACCUUGAAAUAAACUGGUAUCUGUAUCCAUUUUUUAUACAGGUUUGUUGAAAUUUUGCUAAAUUUCUUAUUAUCUUUACACUGUAAAGCAUUUUGAAACAUUUAUUGAAUGUCGAUAGCCAAAACAUAUUUGGUUUUAUCUGCUACAGGAUAAAAGACUUUUCAAAAUGGCAGAUGCAUGGACUGUAUUUUGCAUGUUUCAAAUAAAAAAACAAAAACCCACACUGUUUUUGCAGCUGUUAUCUAUGAUCCCUCCCUGCUGAGAAUGGUCUCUAUACUGAAGAGAUUUACUAACAUAGGGGUAGUCUUCUUGAAGUGUAUCUUGAAGUGCUCCUCAAACUUUACCGUGCACACAACUCACCUGAAGAUCGUGUUAAAAUUCAGAUGCUGAUGCAGCAGGUCUGCAUAGGGCCUGAGAUUCUGCAGCUCUAACAAGCUCCCAGGUGAUACCAAUGCAUUCAUUGGAUCACACUGAGAGUAGUGAGGUGCUAGACUUUUGGGUGUGAUUACAGAGACUACCUGAAACAGGGCAGCUUCUAGUCUGCUUGAGAAUGGCACCUCAUCCCUACUGGUAGCGCAAAAGUCCCGCCUGUCUUGGAGGUGGGAAUAGAAAGCAAUGAGACUGAUUCCAGAAGCUGCACACCCCAAAUCAGUCUCACUGCUUUAUAGUCACACCUCUUCCUUCAACAGCCAGCCCCUGUGCUCUGCAAGGAGACAUCACUCGAUGCUGCAUGGUUGGUUCCAUCUUUAUGUCGGUCCCUAGGAAUGACCUGAAACUGUCUUCGUUGGAACCACAACAAUGUCUACAGCAAAUGGCUAUGCAAAAUGGCUCAUCAGAAACCUGGUCCACAAAGUCAAUCUUUGAGGUUAGUAUGGGGUUUCAUUUUGCCUCUUUUUGUCGCUCCUGAGAGCAGAGUAGAUCAGCAGAAAUACCUGAAGCCACUGUUCUGGGUGGAGGUGUUUUAUUUUGAUGUAAGUUGGCCAGUCUUGAAUCAGAAGAAUGAAUGUUUCACUUACAUAAUCUUCUCACAGAGAAAAGGACAAAUGUUUCGCAAGCAUAAAAAGCACAAGGGGGAACUUAUUUUUGGUCAGAAAGAUUGGAAGUAAAUUACAAGGCAUAAUAGACCUGUAUGUUUGUUUGUUGGGAGGGGGUGGGUUUGAACAAGCAAAUCAAAUGCCUUGUAUGAUUUCCAGAGUUAUAAUUAUAGAUCCUAACUUUGCAAAUACAUGUCAGCCAAAUGCACAACAUUUUGGGAAUGAUGGUAAAAAUGUACGACUGAAAAAAAAUCAUAAAUAUUUAAACUGUAUUGUUUUCUGAAUAAAUUGGGUACUUACAGAAUUUUU